CGUCGCUGUAGACAGCCCGAUUCCCGAAGGGGUCCUCGGCCGGCUCGACUAGAAGACGAAGGGGGCGUCUCCCCGGCUUCCUGCGGCGUCGGUGGCAAGCAGAGGUGGAGGCAGGCUGCGGCAGCGACGGCGACAGUGGCAGCGGCGCCAUGGCAGGGCUCGCAGGAUCCCUGCUGCCUUGGUGAUCCCGGGCUGACAGCCAGAGAGCACAGCGGCUCAGCUCCUGGAGAGUGAGGGUUGAAGAAAGCGGAGGGCAGCCGCCUGCGCCCGCUGGCUCGCAUUAGGUCGGUUCCUGCAGCGGUGCUUGGCAGCCUUGGCGAAGGCCCUGCCCGGCAGAGAUCAUGUAUUGCCUCCAGUGGCUGCUGCCUGUCCUCCUCAUCCCCAAGCCCCUCAACCCCGCCCUGUGGUUUAGCCACUCCAUGUUCAUGGGCUUCUACCUGCUCAGCUUCCUCCUGGAGCGGAAGCCUUGCACAAUUUGUGCCUUGGUUUUCCUGGCAGCGCUGUUCCUCAUCUGCUAUAGCUGCUGGGGAAACUGUUUCCUGUACCACUGCUCUGAUUCCCCGCUUCCAGAAUCGGCGCAUGACCCUGGUGUUGUGGGCACCUAACAGCCCACUCUGUUAGCUUUCCAAGGAAGCAGAAGACGGGAGGGGAGGCAUUGACAUAGGUCAUAAAGCAUUGGAGUUUCAAAUCCCGCAGCCCCGCGGGUGCCACAUUCCUGAUGGCGCCUUUUUGGCCUGUGAUGUUUUAUCCUUAUAAUGUGAAUAAUGGCACUGGCCAGUGCUUUUAUUGUAGAGUCCUGUAGUCAUGGGUGGUCUUGUGGUUGUGUGUGUUCUGUCCCCAUCUUGGUCCUGGCUGGUAGGAUGGCCACCCCCCUUGCCCUCAUAAUGGUGAAGAAUCUGCACCCAUCCUGGUCAACUGCCCCAGAGUGACCUGGGCAGAUAAAAUGCCAGUGUCAUUGUCACCUCUGUGACCCCUCCUUGUCAGGAUCUCCUUCCUUCUCAGAAUAUUAGUGACUCCUCGUCCCUCUCCUGGUUUCCCUUCUCUUCUAUCCCUUUCCUUUUAGGAGAGCGCCUGUCUAAGACAGGGCUCAUUUUUGCACUUAUCUCAAAUUUGAAGAGAUUGCUGACGCCCAAGAGCCUCGCUUUUUCAUCCUCGUUUCCUUGUUCAGCAGGCUAGACAGAAAAAUGUCUUGACUGUUGUCCACGAAUCUCCCAAUAUUUUCUCCCCUUCAUUUUUAAGAAAGGAAGCAACAGAUAGAUGUUGCUCUUUCACUUGGUGUCUGGGCUCCUGCUUGCUGGCCCAGCCCCACUUCCUUUGCCCUUCCUCCUGUCUUUCUCAGCUGUCCCAAGGAGGGGGGCCUCAUUGUGUCUCCCGUGCAUGCUCUACGGGAUUGAAGUAUUGUGUAUUCAUGUAGAUCUAACGGUCCCUAGCUGAGAGAGUGGGAGAGUACUUGUGUGUUUCGUAACAGCCAUGAGUCCCUUGAUAGGUGUUUGGAUAUUUUUUGAUGUGCCCUGUGUGUGUGUAUGUAUAUACAAAUACAUGUGUGUAUAUUCCUUUUAAAAAAGCUGUAUCGAAUGUGUUCUGAUUUUGAGGUUUAGUAGUAGCUAGCUAUAUAUAGUAGGUGCCGCUACAGUUUUUAUUUAGCAUGGGGAUUGCAGAGUGACCAGCACACUGGAUUCCGAGGUGGUUCAGACAAGACAGAGGGGAGCAGUGGUCAUCGUCCUCCCGCCAGGAGCUCCUCCGUUCCUGCGCAUAUAGACUGUACAUUAUGAAGAAUACACAGGAAGACUUUGUGACUGUCACUUCUUUUUCUGCGCUUCAGUAACAGUGUUGGCAAACGAGACUUUCUCCUGGCCCUGCCCACUGGGGAUCAGCAUGGUGGUCCUUCCAGUCCGAACCAUCCAUCUCUCUUUUGCCUGAGGGGAGAGGGAGGUGGGCCAGGCAGAGACAGAACUGGAGGCAGUCCAUCUAGGGAAUGGGACUGUGAGGCUGCGAGGCCACACUUGUGAAAUGUUUGGACUGCUGUUCUAGAGCUUUUCUUUCUGGUGUGUUCGUUGCACAGCUGUUUGAAAUGUUUAAUAAAGCUUUAUAAACUUUA